UAAAAUCUGGCAUUUUUUUGGUACCGUAAUAUAAUAUGCGUUAGGCUCAACGUGCUAAGCUAAGCCUAGAAGCACGGCCAUGGCGACGAGUGUCUGCCUCCCCCGGCCACCAGCAACCGGCGCGCGCGCCUCCAUCUCUCUCCCCGCCCGCUCCCGCCGCCUACCUCGCCCACACCGCAGACCCCACCGUCUCGGCGGCGCCGCCGUGGGGAUGGACGCCCUCCACGUGUCCCCGCGGGACGCGGAGCCGCUUCUCCACCCCGUGGCGGCCGCCACUGCCCACCGUCGGCUCCGCGUGCGGACGCACGCGCAGGGCGCUGACGAGUCGGCGACGGGCGCCGGCGAUGGCGCGGCGGCCGGUGCGGACUACUCGCUGGCGGCCGUCAUCCUCCCGUUUGUGUUCCCUGCAUUGGGUGGCCUCCUUUUCGGUUACGACAUCGGCGCAACUUCUGGAGCGACCAUAUCUGUGCACUCUGCUGAGCUCAGUGGCACCACCUGGUUCAACCUCUCUUCUCUGCAGCUAGGGCUUGUGGCCAGUGGUUCACUUUAUGGUGCUCUUGGUGGGUCCAUUCUUGCAUACCGCAUUGCAGAUUUUCUAGGAAGAAGAAUAGAGUUGAUGACAGCAGCUGCAUUAUAUAUUUCUGGUGCUUUGACCACUGGACUAGCUCCUAAUUUUGUAGUCCUGAUCAUAGGUCGUCUCCUUUAUGGUGUUGGCAUUGGUUUGGCAAUGCAUGGUGCUCCCCUUUAUAUUGCAGAGACUUGUCCUUCACAAAUACGUGGAACAUUGAUAUCUUUUAAGGAGCUGUUUAUUGUAGGAGGAAUACUGUUUGGAUACCUCGUAGGGAGCUACGAAAUCGAUGUUGUAGGAGGAUGGCGGUACAUGUUUGGUUUUAGUGCUCCACUGGCUGCUAUAAUGGCUGUUGGUAUGUGGAGUCUACCACCUUCACCUAGAUGGCUACUUCUCAGGGCAGUGCAGGGAAAAGGCCCUAUGGAAGACAACAAAAAGAAGGCAAUGAAUGCCCUGAGAAGACUGAAGGGUCCUUCAGCAAGUGACAAGGUUUUGACAGAUGAGAUUGAAAAUAAUCUUUCCUCAAUUAAGGCUGCUUACGCAGAUCAAGCUGAAGGAAGCAUUUUUCAAGUAUUCGAGGGAGCAAGCUUGAAAGCCUUCACUAUUGGAGGAGGACUGGUUCUCUUCCAACAGAUAACAGGCCAGCCAAGUGUUCUAUACUAUGCAACCUCCAUUCUGCAGACUGCUGGGUUUACAACUGCAUCUGAUGCUGCAAAAGUGUCAAUUCUGAUUGGGCUGUUCAAGUUUGUGAUGACAGGUGUCGCGGUGCUUAAAGUCGACAAUCUUGGAAGACGGCCGUUAAUGAUAGGAGGUGUUAGUGGAAUUACCGUUGCACUCUUCCUGCUAGCAGCUUACUACAAGGUUCUCAGUGGCUUCCCUUAUGUUGCUGUCGGUGCUUUACUUCUUUAUGUUGGAUGUUACCAGCUUUCGUUUGGUCCGAUAAGCUGGCUAAUGGUCUCUGAGAUCUUCCCACUCCGAACAAGGGGACGGGGAAUCAGCCUCGCAGUACUCACAAAUUUUGGAUCAAAUGCGCUAGUGACACUCGCAUUCUCGCCCUUGCAGGGGUACCUCGGACCGGCCAACGUCUUCCUUCUUUUCGCAGCCAUAUCGCUGCUCGCCCUCUUGUUUGUCAUCCUCAACGUCCCAGAGACCAAAGGGCUGAGCCUGGAGGAAAUCGAAUCCAAGAUCCUGAAGAAGUGAAUGGAAAUGCCUGAUGAUAUUCAUCCUCUGGCCUCUUCCCUGUCCGCUCCGCGGAUCGGAUCGGAGCGCGCCACGACACCGUUAGCGCGUCUCCCUGUAAAGCUCUUGCUGCCGAUUUUGCCUGUGUAGUUGAUAUAGCUGUACAUGCAUCGAUCUGUAGUUGUACUGACACUCGUGACCACGCUUUCACGGCCUCUUUUCUGAAUCAGCUGUCAUUUUCUGUC